CGCCUGAGAAUCGCAUCAGUUUAUUGGUUGCUCGUAGACAAGUUGGACGUUUAGAGAAGAAAAAAACGAAAUAAAAACGAAACAAAAUGAAACUUUUGUUUGUCGUCGUGCUGGCCAGUGCCCUGAUUUUGGAUCAUCAUUCAAGCGAAGCGCAAAACAUCUUCUCCAAUUUCUUGAAUUUCUUCAGCAAUUUGAGCAAUUUCCAGCGCGUCAAUCGACUGCAGUCUUCGAUAACGACGAAAUCAACGCCAGCCGACGCUCCUACAGUCCAUUCUAUCGAGACGUCGAUAUCCACAUUAACGGAGACGAUGACGAUGAUGGAAACUCUAACGACGACCGAAGUUUUGUCCGUCUCCGUCGCUCCCAUCACUUUCACCGAGUACAACGUGGAGACGGUGAGAUCGACGUUAACCGAACUAGCGCAAGAGACGGUGAUGGUGACGCUGCCCGCCCUGACCGACACCAUCACAUCGACCAUGACGGAGCUAGUGACAUCUAUCGUCAAAGAAAUGGAAACAACGACAGAGACGGUGCAGAUCGAGCCUACGACAGUCAUCGUGACGGAGGUAUCCACCACAUCCAUCACGGUCAACCAAGUUCCAAUCACGAUGACGGAAGUGAUCCGCGAAACGGAAACGACUGUGUCGACGAUGACAGUCACAGAGUCUUACACGGAAAUCGUUCGUUCCACCGAAAUCUCGUCUGUCCCUUUGCCCGCCGUUACGGAAACGCUGACGACUACGCUGCCCGUCGAGACCAGCACGAUCACGUUGUCCAGCACGAUCACGUUGCCAGCUGAGACCGUUUCAAUUACAAUGCCGGUUGAAAAUGUUGUAGUUACUUUACCUGUUGAGACGGUGUCUGUUACGCUGCCCGUUGAGAUCAGUACGAUUACCGUGUCCAGCACGAUCACUCUGCCCGUUGAGAUCAGCACGGUUACUGUGUCCAGCACCAUCACAAUGCCCGCCGAGACCGUUUCGGCCGCUGCUCCAACCGAAACUGCCCUUCCAGAAAUUGCACCUUCCGUUAAACGUCGUCGCAAUGUUGAAGACAUCCACCUGGAACAAGAAGAAUUGAUACCGUCGGCCGUAACGCUCGUGCCUUACAUCAUCAAACGUUCCAUCGACAUUGAAUCGUCCUUCAUGGAACAGCAGAGCAAACGCUCUCCAAUGAUCAAAAUGGCAUCAUAGUCGCAUACAUUUCAAUUCCUCACUAACAAUAUUUAACUAAAUUCAUUCACAAUUAACCAGUGUACAUCUCAAGACAUUGCAAUGGUUCACUUUUUAAACCAACAUUGCCCGACUCAACGUAUUUAAAUGAUUUCAACUAUUGAAAACAAAACAAAAAAACAAUAUAUAAAAACAUCAUCCAAACGA